GACACUUUCAUUCAUAUAUAUAAUUUCAAAAGAUGAAGAGUUACUAUACAUACACCAUUUAUGUUGUUUAUCUCUUAUUUUGUCUCUUGAUCACAUCGGCCUCUGCACAAUCCCUCAUACGACAAUCCACUGAUGACCGAAACACACCUCUACAACCAGAGGAGAAUGGAGCAAAAGCAGUCUCAAUCCUGGGAGAAGCGCAUUACUUGGAUAAAGAUGACCUAGAGAUUUCCUCAAGUGAUUACAAAGUCUCACCUUCAAACCAAGUGACGGGUAUGAGAAGUCGUCCUCCAAUGUCUUACUCUCUCAAAAUGGAGUCUUUCAACACGCUCCUUCAGUCAAACAACACAGAGAGAUACGAAUCUCGUCCUUUUCCGGUUGGUGGAUACAACUGGUCACUUAUUGUGUAUCCCAACGGGAACAGGGAGGAUAGUGGCUCAGGGUUCAUUUCGCUUUACGUAGCCAUAGACAACUCGACUCUCGUUUCUUCACAUCAAGAGGUUUUCGCAGAUCUCAGGUUUUACGUAUUCAAAAGGACCGAGAGGAAGUUCUUCACCGUCCAAGAUACAAAUGUAUGGCGAUACAAUAUUUUCAAAACGAUGUGGGGAUUCCCUCGGGUCCUCCCUCUUGAUACCUUCAGAAACCCGAGCAACGGAUACCUCUUCAAUGGAGAUCACUGCGAGUUUGGUGUAGAUGUGACUAUUCAUACACCCUUUCAAAGAUCAGAACUUUUCACUGUCGCUAGGAAUUUCCCUAACCCGAGGUUCACCUGGAAUAUUCAGAGGUUCUCCACGCUGCUGGGAGAGACUUACUUCUCUGAUGUGUUUUCCAUCGGAGGAAGAAAUUGGAAUAUACAAGUGCAUCCAAGUGGCGCUGUAACGGGAGAGGGAAGAGCCUUGUCGAUGUAUCUUCUCCUUAAUGCGAACGAGAGAUUCAGACCCUAUGAGAAGAUUUAUGUUCGAGCCCAGCUUAGGGUUCUUAACCAACGUGCCUCGUCCCAGUGGAGAACCAUCGAAAGGCCAAUCGAUCAUUGGUUCACUGGUCCGGGAUUAGGUUGGGGAUACGAUGAGUUUGUCCCUCUAGCUGAUCUCAGGGAUCCAGAGAGAGGUUAUCUAGUGAAUGAUAAGUUGAUGGUUCAAGUCGAAAUGGAAGCAAUUUCUUCAACCAGGUACUUCCCUAGUUAGAAUUCUCUAACCAAGGAACUUGUAGCUCUAUGUAAUUUGCUAUCUUACCAAAACCACUUAAUAAUAAGAAAUGUAUGUGUGUGCGUAUCAAAUAAAUGUGUUCUGUAUAUAUCAACCA